AUGGAGUCUGUACGCCAGUCCUGUCGGCCCAAGCACCAGGUCUUGACGCUCAAGUGCUAUCCCCGAUACCAAAAAGGCGUGGCGGAGGUCAAACCGAACCCAAGUGAACUUUCAUAUCUGCUCUAUUAUGCGAGUACACGUCGCAGUAAGCUGACCAAGGUUGGCGCCUUUCUGGAAAAGAGAGUGGCCAAAGAUGUCUGGCGUCGCCGAUUAGGAAAUGUUCAGGUCGCGCUCCAUAUCAUAUCUGGUCUCAUCGAAAAAGUUCCUCGCGAUCUUCCUAUCUACGUGGGUUCCGUUUUGACUGUCAUCGAAACCGUUUUACGAUCAAAUGACAUCUCCAUGGUCGAGGACUCGAUCGCCACCUUUGAGACCUUCUGCCGACAUCAGGAUAUCGCAAUCAUUUCAGCCGAGCAGGGAAUUGCCCAGAAGUACCGAGAAGUCGUUCGCCUUUACGCAAGCUUCGCCGAUCCAUCCUCAGACUCGUACUCCCCCGCAAAAGUCAGCCCACCGGUUUCGAUUCGAUGGAGAAACGCAGGACUCCGCGCGAUCAAGAGCAUAGUUAGCUCGGAAACUCUUGCCGUCGACGGAGGAAACUCCGUCAAAAUAAUCCUACCCGUCAUUUUGGAGAAUUUGUACUCGCCGGAUGAGGAUGUGCUCAUCCCAUUGAAGGCUCGCCUUCUCGAGACCAAGGAGCCAGAUCGCGAUGCACACCGGGCUCCGCGACGGAUGAGCGUCGCAACGGUAAACACGGUGGAUGCCGUGGAGGCUGAUCCGGACUUAGCAGCCCAGUCGACUGCAGAUGUUGAUCGCAAAGCGGAGAUGGAUGCUCGGCUACUGGCCCUGCGCUGUCUUGAGCAAAUUACUGUCUCCGGGAGUAACCGUGGUCAGAUGCGAGCGGCGGCGUCUAUUGUCAUGCGAUUCAUCUCGGACAAGCGUUUCCCUCGCACCCAAUCCCAGGAACAGCGAGCCGAGCAGCGCCAAGAUGGAAACUGGGCGACCUCUCUGAUUGAAUUGAUCGCAAAUUGGUGUCCCGUCCAGGUUCGAUUUGUUAUUUUGAUAACGGCCAUGGACAUCCUGUUCGAGACGAGUCCUACGGAGAAAGCAUUGGAUUCUGCAUUUACCAUUCUUUCCGUGGUGGAUUGGUUAUUGAAAUCGUCGGUCAAUAUGAUUGGAUUGAGCGUGAUGGAUAUUCUACUAGGUCUCAUGCAGUACGCUUCGAGCAUUCUAUCGCCUCAGGCAGGCGAUGUUGAAAAAAAGCCAGGUCUCCCAACAGACAGCCCGGUACAUAUAUCUGGCCGGCGGCAGAGUCUGCUCACUCUUCUCGAGCAGUGCAUCGGAGACUUGGCCACUCAUAUUUACUACGCUGAUCAAGUUGCGGACAUGGCGCGCGCUAUUCUCCGGCGCUUCAAGCAAACUCUGAAUCACGAUAGUACCGCGCCAUCUGCUCUGGCUACCGUCCAGGAAUCUACCACUUCUCCGGUGACCAUCACUCAGUCUGCGUCCGAAGUCAAUGGCGACAAAGUGAACGGUGAAGCCUAUUCGCACGCUGCUGCGAGAUCGAUGGCUCUGCGAGCUGUCAAGGCAAUUUUUGUCGUAGCCAACUCGAAAAAGUCUGCAUCGACGCCCGAAACGAGAAACCCAGUUGGUAUUCAUGUCUGGGAAGGGACCCAGGGUCUUCUUCGAGAUUCCGAUCGUGAGGUCCGCCACGCCUAUGCCGAUGCCUUUGUGUCUUGGCUAUGCCUAGAGACCAACAAGGAUGACCUCAAGGCACGGAAUGACACCCCUAAGUACGUCAAGACAUCAUCUAAGGUUGAGCUCGACAAGCCCAACCGACGGAGCACCUCGGCUCCAGGUAACCAGAGAGAGAUUGUUGCCCAAGCUGCGCAAUCUACUUUCCUCCGACUCCUGCACUUGGCUAUCUAUGACGCCGCCCUUAACUCGGCCUCUAUUGAAUCUGAAAUCCUUCUGCUGCAUCUUAUCCUGGCAACCCUUGUUGAGAACCUCGGUGUCAAUGCUGUUCAAUUUGGACUUCCUAUGGUCUUGAAACUUCAGGAUGAUCUUUCGACUUCGGUUGAUCUAGGCUCAUCCAAAGCCCGCAUCAACAUCGCAAGUCUCGUUCAUGGGUACCUGUUGGCGGUCUCGAAAAAGUUUAAUCUUGAAUCCUCGUACGCCGGUUCCGAGAUCCGCAAAGAAGUCGAGAAGAGACAAAGCAAAGGACAGUGGCUCUCUAAGAUUCAGCUGCCGCCCAAGGGUCUUGAUGGUAUCGCCACCGAUUAUGAGAAGACUGUCAACGGCGAAUCGCUUUCAUCUGAUAGCCUGUCACCUUUCCAGAAUGUUGAGGGACUUGUGAGUGAAAUUGAUGAAUUUUAUACCAAAUCGACCUCGUCGCCUCCAACAAGUCCCCCGACAGCAGCGACACGAGGCUUCAGUUUCCCAGUUCUUAACAAAGCUCCAUCAACACAGCCACUGGUAGAGAGUGGUCUUCCAUCAUUCGUUAAAGACCAGAUGCUGUCUUCUUGGUCUCGGGAGUCAUGCUUGGUUGCCGCCGAGAAGGAAAGCGCCAAGACACUAUCUCUCAGCGGAUCCCGUGGAGCAACUGUGCCCCGAAUCAAUACUGCCAAUGGUGCUUCAAAUUGCUCUCUUGCUGGCUCCGCUGCAAACAACAAUCGUCGGAUGAGUAUUCCUGAAAUCUCACGAACACCAGACCACAGUUCCAGCCGAGGGUCACCUGUGCGUAUGACAGAAUUGCGCCGUGUGCUCUCCGUGAACAACGAAGCUCAACAACGAAAACUCAGUCCCCUUCGCGGUCACGUUGACGCAUCAAACGUCAGCAUAAUUUCCUCUGGCAGUGAAAGCAUGGUUAGCGGCAACUACCCGAUCUCCGAGAUGGACGCAGAUGCCACAUCUAUUCAUCAAAAUGGACAUCCAACACCUGAUGCAGAAGGUUCAGAGACUCCCCGCCCAGCAUCAGUCAUCGUUCUUUCGGGCGAUCGAACCGAGCAAACAUACUUGAGCCGAGUCAACUCUCAAGAAAUUCCUCCUGUCCCGCCUAUUCCUACAAACCUCCACAUCCCAGGUGGUUUCCCCAAUGACUCCCAACGGUCCUUGCUCAUCGACCGUCCAUCCACUGCUCCUGACUCAGGACAGCUGUCCUUCCAGGGCAAACCCGGACAACCCCAACACACUCGGAACAAAAAGUCUUUGAACCGUAACAAGAGCCGCAGCAGCAAUAGUCUCGCCGGGGCUGACUUCCAGGACGAGUCUGAUCUAGACACUAGCCAACGAGACCAACUGAAACAGCUUCUGGACGGAUUCCUAGCACCUGAGAAUAGUCUUAUGGCUAAUGGAGACCGCCCAACCACUGCAACCAAGGAACCAUUUACCCGAAGCUACUCCAAACGGCGAGUUAGCGGCGGUGGCCUCGGUCGCCCUCCUUAUUGA